AUGAAUACAGAGAGAAACUUCUGGAAGUCGGCAGAACUUGAGAGGACGGUUGAAGAGGCUAAACUGGAGGACACUUUUGUCAGUGGCCGAGUCACUGGUACCUGCCUUAUAGUUUUGACACUGUUCUCGGAUCAUGUGGAAAUGCAAAGACUGUUUCAAAUAGAAGAGAUCAGUGCAGAGUUUAUGAGGAUCACUACAGUGCCCUUGGAGACCAAAUUCAUACAGGAGUUGGACAGGCAUUCCACAAAGAUAGUGCGGAUCAUACGGAACAAGGGUGGCGUAAUAAAAGAAAGGACUGGCCGUAUCCUGCAGACUUUAGAUAAGGAUAUGCCAGGUGAUGGACUGGAGCUGGGUGGAAUGGCUGUCUUAAUCAGUGACACAGACACCAAGGUUCUUAUUGAGGGCACGGAGGUCCUCAGUAACUUGCCCGCAACUGCUGUGUUAUUUGGACUGACAUAUGUGCUAAACCUUCAAUACCCAAAAGAAUUGAAGUUCACUUUUGAGUUUUUCCAGAAGGUUUUAAUGGACGCUAGAAAGAUGAACCCAAAAAUGUGUCGCUUCUGUACUCUGCUGCACAAUAAGCAGAUAUAG